AAAAUGGACGCGUGUGAAGCGAUGCCCAAAGCGGACACAAUCAAACUACGCAACAAAUACAUUGGUAAAUCCUGUCAGCUGUUCUACCGGACCGACCCGCUGAAGAUAGUGCGCGGCCAGGGUCAGUACAUGUACGACGAGCAGGGUGCACGGUACCUCGACUGCAUCAACAACGUCGCGCACGUUGGACACUGUCACCCGAAGGUGGUCGAGGCCGGAACACGCCAGCUCGGUACACUAUCCACCAACAAUCGCUUCCUGCACGAUGAGCUGGUCAAGUGUGCCCAAACGCUCGCCGAAAAGAUGCCCGGCAAUCUGUCCGUCUGCUACUUCGUCAAUUCCGGCUCGGAAGCGAACGAUCUUGCUUUGCGGCUGGCCCGUCAGCAUACCAGACGUCACGAGGUGAUUACGCUCGAUCAUGCCUACCAUGGUCACGUUUCGGCCGUAAUGGACAUUUCGCCGUACAAAUUCAAUCAACCGGGCGGUGAUCCUAAACCAGACUUUGUUCAAGUGGCACCUUGCCCUGAUGUCUACCGGGGCAAGUAUCGGGACUGUGACUUCCCGGAGGGAACCGAUCUGGGUCAAUUGUACGCGGACGAGGUACAACGCAUUCUUGAGCGUAGCUCUACCGGGAUAGCCGCCUUCAUUGCGGAAAGUCUACAGAGCUGCGGUGGACAAAUUAUUCCACCGACUGGUUACUUCCAGAAGGUGUACGAUGCUGUAAGGAAGGCGGGAGGUGUAACGAUCGCUGACGAGGUACAAGUUGGUUUCGGUCGCAUUGGUACGCACUAUUGGGCGUUUGAGCCGCACGGCAUCAUCCCAGAUAUCGUGACGGUUGCAAAACCGAUGGGCAACGGACAUCCGGUUGGUGCAGUCGUAACCACGCCAGAAAUAGCGGAAAGCUUCGCCUCCACCGGUGUUUGCUACUUCAAUACGUACGGAGGUAAUCCAGUGUCGUGUGCCAUUGCAAAUGCGGUUAUGCGCGUCAUCGAUGAGGAGCAUCUGCAGGAGAAUGCACUGCGCGUAGGGCGCUAUUUGCUCGAACAGUGCAAAGCACUGGCAUACGAGUAUCAGCUGGUGGGUGAUGUACGCGGUACCGGGUUGUUUGUGGGCAUUGAACUGGUGACCGACCGGCAGCGCCGUUUGCCGGCAACCCGUGCCGCUAAAGCCGUUGUCGAGCGAAUGAAAACCAUACACCGGAUACUGGUCAGCAGUGACGGACCAGAUGACAAUGUCGUCAAGCUGAAACCCCCAAUGGUGUUCACGGCGGCAAAUGCAGAUGAGUUCCUGUGCGGGUUCCGAGAGUGUCUUACCUAUCUGCAGCAACAGCAGCCGGUGGUGAAUGCUGCUCCAGAGGGAGUCUCAACCACGCCAGUGCGCGUCACACAUCCACUAGCAACCGGUGGCAUCCUUCAACCCAGCCCGAUCACCCGUGGUCAGCACGACACCUCCACACUCAUCAAGUCUAGCUAA